GUCACAAGAAGUCAGAGUCAGCUUCAGCUGUCGCUGUUACCUAACCUCAACCUCAAAUUUCGAUCUUAAUUAAUUAUAAACAUUUAAUUUUCAAUAAAAUUAACAUUCAACCUAAUUCAUUCCUACUUAUUCAAUCUUUAAAACUUUAAUUACGUGUACAUUGAAGAAACCGUAUUGUGAAGAUGGGAAUGAAAUAUGAUGAGUCUGCUGAGUUAGCCGACCAAUCAUCUUGUGCUGGUGUUAGGGCAGAUCUGAAGAUGUGCCUUUUGGAAUCUGAAUGUUGUAAAGAUAGAAAGAAAACUCCAAGGGAAUGUUUGGAAUCAAAAGACCCUCGAGUGCCGCAAGAAUGUUUUGCUCUCCAAACCUUAUUCUUUGAGUGCAAGAGAUCAAUGCUUGACAAUCGCACAAGGUUUCGUGGAAAAAAAGGAUAUUAAAAAAAAGCAAAAUCAGUUCUUUGUACAUAGGUUUAUUUAAUAGUAAGUGAUUGUGUCUGUACAAUAGUUUGUAAAUAUACGUUUUCGUUUUGA